AUGUCCGCCGCGGACCAGGCGACGGAUGAGACGUCGUCAGCAGCGCGGCCGCCGCUUUCUGAGUCGAGCGUGCGCAAAGAUACGUCGCGGGACAAACCUGCGAAGCCGAUUAUGGGCGCGUGGUCCUGUGCGUCGAUGACCGGCCCUGCCGAUACGACCCGCGACUCGCAGCCUCGCGACAUGUAUUCAGAGGCGCUGUUGCCAUGGCUGCAUGCAUCUCAUGCAUUCGCCGGCACGGACGCGGGAAGUAAGUCGCUGGACGAGGCAGCGGCGAGGCCAUUGCCGCCGCUGUCGAUGGCCAUGCCGCUGGGACUCGGACGGCCUACCACCUCGAGCACGGCGGAUGUCCUUUUGCACCCGGCAUCGUCUGGCCACAGUGGACUGCGGCGCGCGCGCACGACAGCCGACCGGCCGACAGCAUCGCCGCCCAUGCGCAUGUCGCAAGACAUGAGCAUGCUGGGCGCGGCUCUGAAUGCGCCCGAGACGUCGUUCCGCGUGCCGAGUAUCCACGAGCUGCGCAUCAACAAGGCAGCUGCGCCAUCUCAUGAUGCGCGCUUCGUCAGUGGUGCCUCGUUCGUCAUGUCACCCGACACGGCCAAGCACUUUGACACGGCCACGCCGCCGCCGCCCAUCAUGCGUCCACGUUUCCCCUCUGCCCAGGGCCCCAUUGUGUACGAGACGCAUACAUGGACCGUGGAUCGGCCACGCACCGUUACGUCGCCCCUCUCGACGGAGGCAGACUUCUCGCCGCCCGAGUCAUGGGCCUCGGCAAAUAUGGAUAGCGCAGACCCAUCCAAGUUUCCACAUGCAGCCGCGCUGUGGGCUCGCCUGCCGGACACCUAUACGUUCUCGCCGCCGCUUCAGCCCAUUCAUAUCGUGCGUGGUUCGCCUCCGACGUGGGCGAGUACGUCGCCGCACACGACGACGUCCUCUACCCUUCAGUCGCCCGACCUGCCGACGACCACACCCGGGCGGCGCGUUGAGCCGCAUGUGCCUACGACGGAUGGGCCAGUCCCGUACAGCAAUGAAGAGCGUCCUGUUUAUAUGAGUGCGGCGCCCCGCUCUGAGUGGCCGGGGGAUGUGAGUAGCCCGUCGGAUGGGGGCCAUGACACGACCUUGAUUGACUGGUCGGACCAGCAAAAAAUAUCGAGUGUCGACCAGCUGUUGCUCAAACAGUCUUGGUCGCAACUGCCCGUCUCUGACACACAUACCACGUCGUGGACCGCGCCCCUGGAUCUCGGUGAGCACGCAUCGAACGAGCCACGCAACACACCACCACAGCCUGUGCGUCGCCGCUCGAGUCGUAAAGCGCCGCCUUUGUCUCUCCCGCUACCACCAAAGGUACGCACCGCCGAUGUGUCAGACGCAGCCUCUCGACAGCACGAGUUUGAUAGCUCAGGCGUGGGGGACGACUCGAACGCGAGUCCCGACGACGCACCGCCCUACGUCCCAUCCCACGACUCUGAGGCUGAUGCGCUACGUGCGCCACACACGGGCUCGGUAGAAGCGCCACCUUCCGAGGUCGAUGCACCGCCUCUUAUGCCGGCACUGCAGUACACGCUGCCGUUCAAGCUCAGUAGCCGGCGACGUUACCAGCCUCGGAACACCUGGCCAUCACGCCCGCCGACAUCGCCACCUGGGGCUGCUCGUGUACCGCGGCCCACCGUAUCGGACGAGCGAGACGAGGACGUUGUGGAUGUUGGCACUGCGCGCCCAUCCGCGCCAUCUAUACCACUUGCGCCCCCCUCCACGACAGGCUAUGGCGUCGUACAGCCGGCUCUGGCUCCCGAACUUUGUGGGCCUGUGCACAGUAUCGAGGGCCGUCGUGUAGAGGACGACGUUGGACAUACAUCGCAUCUCUCGAUGCUGGGCGCCGUGGCUGAUCAGAGCCAGGACUUCCAUUUCGAGACGUACUUUGAGGCUUCGCUGCAGCGUAUCCGGGAAGAGAUGGGUCGGACGGCGACGGCUCCGCUGGCCGGGGCCGUCCCUCUGCAGCGCACAACCGAGAACGACUUUUUUCACAAUGCGCCGCCCAUCAAUGUCCGGUCGCUAGGCUCGCCUGUCAUGGCACUCGAUGAGUUCUCCUAUGUUGUCGACAACGACGGGGCGGCACUGCUUCGUACAUCGACACGGCCGCCGUCAGAUGUGUCGAAGCAGGUGCCAGAGCUGCCGCCGGUGGAUAUGUACCUGCCUGAAGAGCAUGAAGUCAUGGGCGAUGCUCCGCGGUCGUCGUACGACCAGCGAUGGACGUUUCCGUACAUGGAAAGUCCUUUGAUCGGCGAGCGCUCGGAGCCAAUGCCCACUGAUGCAAAGUUGCCGCUGGACUUCAUCACGAAACCCAACUCGGUGCUUUCGCGUGGACGUCCUGUGAAAAAGACGCAUCCCAGUAUGUUUUAUGCCAGCCUGCCGCAGUCGCGGCGGCACCGAUACCGUGUGGCAGAAACGGGGCCCGCAUCGGUGCUUCAGGAUGACGAGCCUGCACAGGACGAAGAGGAUGUAGACGACGAUCCAUUCUCGCAGUCUAUGAUGGCUCCGCAUACACCCGCCAAGCCAGCCAUCCCAUCCAAAGCAACAUCGCCUCCCGCUGCUCCGAAAGCCACGCUGCUGGGUGACUAUGCGGCUCCCAGACCCAAGCCAGCUGCACGACCCAAGGAGGCGCCCCGCCAGGCGCCGCCCCGCACCAUGCCGCCCCCUCGUUCCAUGUCACCGCCGCCCACCUCUAGCCUGGGCUCGGCCACCGUCAGGACGGCCCGUGACGCCCCCCCACCGGCCCCGCCGCCAUCUGCGCCCUUGCCACCCUCACCGUCCCUUGCGGCACGCGAGAGUGAGGAGAAAAAGGCCCCAGCCAAGGAUGCGGACAAGAAGUUCUCGGCGUGGUUGAAGCGCAUGGUGCAUGCUCAGGGCAAAGAGUCACCGCCGGAACGAGCGGCCUCGUCGUCGCCACCGGCCGCCGCCGCCGGACCCGCCUCGGAACGCGGCUCAGCACCGGGUGGCGCUUCGCCACGCACGUCGACAUCGACCACGCAGACGCACAAGUACGGCCGCCGCAUCAAGCGGCCGGGCUUCGAGCCGACGCAGCCGGGCAAGUACCAUCUGGCGGGCACCGUCUCGCUCCCGACGCUUAAUGUGGCACGCACCGCCGAACAGCGCGCGCGAGACGAGACGGGCCUGCCAGAGACCGAGCCAGCACUGAUCCAGUCGCUUCUGGCUGCUCCGUCGAGCUCCACAGUCCGUGCGCGUGCUGGCAUCAUCAACUCGAUUCCGUUUGUGGAAGAGGCCGUGCCACCUGGCCAGGUGCUCGUGGCUGAGGAGCGCAAGGUGCUGGUGCGGCCUGUCAUGUAG